AACAAAUAUAAGAAAACAGAAUUUUUGAAAGCUUGACCGUUUUUAUAUAAUUAUAUAUACUAUAAUAAAUGAAAAAAUACAUUAAGAAGAAACGUGCUUAGGGGAUAUCUUGAAUACACAUACUAUGGCAUCUCUUCGAUUGAUGAAUCGAUUGAUAACACGAGGUUUCCUAUCGCUGUCGUUGCUGUUGGUUAUAUUCAACGAAUUUAUAGUUUAUUAUAUUAGUCAGAGCUCAUGGCAACAAAUUUAUUGUAAAUAUGAUAAUUGCACAAGAAUAUUGUUUGUAGCGGAUCCACAAUUAAUCGGUAAUUCUUACGAGAAGGGGUUUUGGAGCCCUAUAUCGCGGUAUGACGCAGAUAGAUAUUUAAGAAAGACUUUUGAACGAUCAAUAGAAUUUACACAACCUCAUAUUAUUUGCUUCCUUGGCGAUCUAUUGGAUGAGGGAAGCAUUGCUACACAACCAGACUUUGAUAACUACGUCAAACGGUUCAAUCGAAUUUACAACACUAACUCAAACAUAAAAUUUAAAUUAUUCUCUCCAUACGCGCAGCGCAUACAUGUGCCUGGAGAUAAUGACAUUGGCGGAGAGGAUGGAGAAUAUAUAUCAAACUCAAAUGUGCGUCGCUUCGAAGAGUCUUUCCAAAGUGAAGAUCUCUUUGACUACGAAAAUAUGUUACGCUUCUUUAAAAUAAAUCGGAUGAUGCUCGACUUUUCGAAUCCAGAUCGUGAGCAUAAUGCACAACGCUUACGCGUUGGCGUUUCUCAUGCCCCAAUUCUAAUCGGAGGUGGCCCGCUAUUGCGGUCGGUACUUAGCGAAUUGGAUCCCCAUGUAAUCUUUUCGGGUCACUGGCACGAAUCUAGAAUAUUCAUACAUCCAUCAACGCACGUAGUGAACUUUUAUGAGUCGACAGUGAGACAUUUCGAUUUGCGCUCUCUAAAAGAAAAGGAGCAUCAGUAUCUGGAAAUUAUGGUACCCACAGCUUCGUACCGCAUGGGGAAAAUGAAGAUGGGCCUGGGUUAUGCGGUGCUAGAAAACUAUCAACUAAGCUACACAGUGCUUUGGCUGCCCAGCCGAUUCAUUUACCUAUUUUUAUAUUUAUUUUGGUUGCUCCUAUCAAUUUGUGGUUUCACUGUGUUCAGAAUGAUGACGCGUUGCCCUUUUCGUGUAACUAAGCGCCAAUCACAAUACAACCGUACUUUAAACAUGCCUUAGUUCUAGUCAAACUAAUGAGAUGAAAAUCAAAUACAAUUAUGUGACCUUUAAUUUAUUUCAAAUAUAAAAUUAAAUGAAUGCGUUAAUAUGACAAACUAUUAAUCAAAUAAUUAAAUUAUAUGUUCAGUAAAGGUUUAAACCUAUAAAUAAUCUUAAUUAAGUAUUAAAUGUGUAACAAAUAACUGUUGAAUUUAUAUUGCUAUUAAAUAAUUCUUAUAUUAAAGAGUAACUAAUAAUAUGUUCUGAAUCAUGAUUUUAUUUACUCUCUUUUUGCUAAGCGUAUGUUUUGAACAUUUUACCUUUUAUUAUAAAUAAUUGGAAUAUUAUUAUAAUACAGGUGAAUGUAGUUAAUUGUUCCUCUAUGUAUGUACGUAUUAUUACAUUGUUGGGUAUACACAUGUAACACAAUUCUUGGAUCCACAUAUACAUUUGUUUACUUUAUUUACUUCGCCAGUUACAAAUGUAUAUUGUUUUACUGAGAAUUGAGUUGCUUACUGAUUUCACAACUUUUCAAUUGUCCAGUAAAUAUAUGACAAUAAUAAUUUUUACUCGUAGAAAACCGAACGUGGGCGAACAAUCGUAUAUAAAUCAAGUUUAAUUCAGUCGAUCAAAUGGUUUGAGAUGUUGCAGAGCAAAACAUAAAACGCGCUUAGUAAAUAUCAGGCAAUAACUGAUACGUUGCGUUUUGUUCAUAUACAUAUGCAUCUACUGAUUGCUCACAAUAAUGCUUUCUUAUCAUAAACAAUGUGGUAUUUUUAAUAUGUAAUUAUUCAAAAUAUUAUGCUUAUAAUCUAAACGAACGUAUUUUAAAUGCGA